GUGACGUCAGGGGUCACGCUGCAAAGGCGGUUAUUUCGAAUUUUGUUUUUCCGACAGUGAAACAUGAUGUUCUACACUCAGCUGUUCACGUCUAAGAGAGGGCCUUUGGCUAAGAUCUGGUUGGCUGCUCACUGGGAAAGAAAACUGACCAAAGCUCACAUCUUUGAGUGUAACCUGGAAAACACUGUCAGAGAUAUCAUGUCUCCCAAGAUGAAAAUAGGUUUGAGGACGUCGGGACAUCUGCUUCUCGGAGUGGUGAGGAUUUACUCCAGAAAAGCCAAGUACCUGCUCGCAGACUGCAGCGACGCUUUGAUCAGUAUAAAAAUGGCGUUCAGACCAGGUCAGACUGAUCUCCCUGUGGACGCACUGGAGGCCACGGCUAAAGCCAUCACUUUAAUGGAAGAUUUCACAGAUUUUGACUCUCAGCUGCCAGAUCCGAGUAACAUGGACAUGGACAUGGAUCAUUUUUCACUCAAUCAAAGUCGAACAGAAGAAAUCACUUUAAAGGAGGAUUUUGGCAACAGCUUUUUCAACUUUUCAGAUUUUGACACUCAAAGUCACCGCGCUGGUCCGCUGGACGUGAGCUUCCGGAGCUUUACUGAACACACAGACACAUUUGGAGACGAAGACAAAGGAUAUGACAUACUUGACUUUCUCACUGAUAAUAACGAGCAGGACCUCAUCGCUCUCAUCCCGGAGCUGCCUGAAAAUGACGUCCACUCUCCACGAGAAAACCAGAAAGAUGUUGAUGCAGAACAUACAGUAAAACCGGAGCCGUCCACAGCAAACGUGACUCUGCUCCCAAACGAGGAGGAGGCCUUUGCCCUGGAGCCCGUCCCUGUUACACCAACAUUUGAGAAAAGAAAAGGAACGAGGAAACGCAAGCUGGUGGUCGAUGAGGCGAAGGAGCUGACGGACGAGGUCAUCAAAGAGCAGCUGUCGGACUAUUCAGACCUGCUCGCUCCUCUGGACAUGGCCCCGCCCACUCGACCGCUCAUGAGGUGGAAGGAAACCGGGAGCGCCGACAAACUGUUCACAGGGCCCUGCUCCAGUGUGAGCGCCUCGGAAAUCCACGAGGUUUUUACUGAAUAUGUUUUUGAGAGAAAAUAUUACCACAAGCCAGAGGACAGAGAGGCUGUUCGACUGGAUGGAGAGGAGGUUCACAGAGACAUGAGUUCCCUAAACGCAGAGAGCGUCACUGUCACAGAAUCCACUGUUGAACCUGAGGUCACAGGUCAACUGGAGCUAACAGACCCGACUCUGAUGAACAAGAACCAGCCAAGGAAUCGCUCGGAGCAUGGAGAGAUCGAUAAGUCCGACAUGACCCUGCCUGAGCUUCCUUCAGAAGAUUCAAUGUUUGUCCAACAGUCGCAGGAAGAACAAGACUCGCUCUGCACAUCUCUGCACACACAGUCUAUAAUCGGCAGCCAGGACUUUGGAGAGAAGAGAAUAACCAGACGAGCACAAAAGCUUCUUGGUGUUUUACGAGCAACUCAAAUGAGCCAAAACACUGACCCCUUCUUCAGUCUGAAGUCACUCUGUGGAGGGAGCUCUCGGGCCCAGGCGGCCGCCACUUUCAUCUGUUUCCUGGUUUUGAAGAAACAACAGGUUCUUAAUCUGCAGCAGAGCGCCCCCUAUGAGGACAUCCUGGCCACACCUGGACCCAGGUUCUAUGACUGAACUGAACCUCAUUCUCUUUUAGUACAGAUUUGAGUUGGUUUAACUUCACGUGUCUGCAGUGAUCUGUAGAAAAGACUCCAAAGUGUCAUGUGAUCUACAUGUGGUGUAUAAAUGUCUGUGUCUGUGUUUUCUGCUUGUCGUUUCACAUUUAAAGCUUUAAUCGCAACAUCACUGUGGAUAGAAACACAUCAUUUAUUAUCUGUUUGUUUCACUGUAAUCUAAAGCUGUUCUAACAGUUCUGUUCUUAAAAAUAUAAGCAUCUAUAUGAAGUUUGCGGCU